AUGUCGAGCAGCAGCUCCCCUGUCCAACUGGAACUGAAGGCCCCUCCAUACCCACUGGUGAGGCCCGGAUCUGAAAGCUCCUGAUGAAGAUUUCUCACGCGUCUGGCGUUUCUGACUCGUCGUCACUCCUAUUUUUUCUGCUUGCUCCUAGGAUGCUCUGGAACCGUACAUGAGCCAGAAGACGCUCGAGUUCCACUGGGGGAAGCACCACAGGGGCUACGUUGAUAACCUCAACAAGCAGAUCGUUGGGACGGAUUUGCAUGGUUUAGCUCUGGAGGAAAUUAUUGUCAAAUCCUACAAUAACGGAAAUCCUCUCCCCACUUUCAACAAUGCCGCCCAGGCAUGGCUCUCCGUUCUACUACUCUCUUCCUGUACUUUGUAGUGUUCCUAGAUAGUUGGCGAUCUUUGAUACUGGUUUAAGUUGUUGGUGACGCUCUGUAUUUUUCCUUUUCAUGCUCAACUGGAUUUAUGUUUCUUGGGGCAUUUUUUCUGCCCCCUUUUCGUCUUGUUCACACUGCAGAUCUGGAAUCAUGAUUUUUUCUGGAGUUCCAUGAAACCAGGCGGCGGAGGAAGACCAUCUGGGUUGGUGUUGGAGUUGAUAGAGAGGGAGUUUGGUUCAGUCGAAGCGCUCCUGAAUGAGUUUAAGCAGGCGGCACUUACUCAAUUUGGUUCAGGCUGGGCUUGGCUGGGAUGUUAGUGAUUCCCUGUAGAUUUAUUUGUGCCUGCUCUAUGAGGAUCUACUGAUGCUCUUGUAUCAGAGAAAGCUACCUAGCUCAUCUGUUUUAAUUCGUGUCGUAUUCAGAUAAGGAUGGAAAAAUCGUUGUGGAGAAAACUGCCAACGCUGUGAACCCUCUUGUUGCGGAUUACCAUGUAAGUAUCUCUGUUCAUGCCCUGGCCUUCAUUUAACGUUAGAUCUUGUAUCAUAGACUUUUGAGAUCUGGAACUAGAUUUUAAUUAGUCCACAAAUUGCGUACGUCUCUGAAGUGCAUAUCUUGAUGACCACCAUUACGCCACAUUAUUUCCAUUGAUUAAAUAGUGGUAUUACCUGUGUGUGUGUGUAUAUUAUUACACUUUCUAUGUCAUUAAAUUUUAUGCGUUGAUAAAAUUUAAUGACAUAGUCUGUCUACCCACUCUUUCUGUUGAUAAACGAAUAGAAAGUAAAGCCUUCUCCAUUAAGCAACUUUGGCACCUUUCAUUCUCAAGCAUUCAGAGGGUAUAAUGCGUAAUGAGCCGCUUGACUUUAUGAUAUUUUUAUGUAUCCAUUGUUGUUGUUGUUGUUAUUACCGUAAUUUCUCCAGAGCUCCGGGGAUAUGGCUGAAUGUCUAUUUUAUUUUGAGGGAAAAGCCAGAUUCUCCAGCGACCAAGUGGCAAAUGCUGUGUAUAAAAGAAGUUAUCAAAGGCUGGUUACGAAAUUGAUUUACUUAUCACACACUAGAAGUUAUCAAAAUAGCCAGUGAUGUCAAUGUAGUGAGUCAGUUCAUGCAUGAUCCUAAUGAAGAGCAUUUGGAAGGCUUCAAUACCUCAGAGACAUGCUUGGGGGGGGGGGGAGGGUUAUUAUUCCGGGAUAUGUGGAGAACUAGCCUCAGAAAUUUAUGAGAUGUAGACCACCACAGAAGAUUACUGAUUUAUGAGACCACUAACUAUUGCAUGCUCCUGGGAGGUGGCUUUCUUGUGGAAUGGAAGAGCAAAAAUCAAUCUGUAGUUGCCAGAUCGAGUGUUGGAGCUAAAUUCAAGCCUGUGGCUCAUCGAAUCUAAGAGUUUUUGUGGCUGAAAACAAUCAUGGUUGACUUGAGAAUCAAAGUAUGCACAUCAAUGAAGCUGUAUCGUUAUAAUGAUUUACACUAUCAAUAGUAGGGCACAUAAUCCAGCCCAACAUGAUCGAACUAAGGAUAUAGAGAUUGAAAGACAUUUCAUAUUAUGGAAGCUUGAAAGUGGGGCUAGUUAGCACCUCAUUUGUGCUUUCAGGUCACCAGUUAUCAGAUGUUCUAACAAAAGGAACAACCUACAGCAUGAUCUCAGGAGCUAAUGACCAAGUUGGUAAUGGAAGAUAUCCAGUCGCCAGUUUGAGGGGGAGUAAUGGAUAUCAUGAGAUAUUUUCAGAGAUAUAUGGCCGACUAUAAUAUCUCCAUGACUGCAAAUAUUUUCCUGCUAUUGCUAAGGGUUAGACAUAGAUUUUUGAGGAAUUCUGUUUCUCUGGUACUAUCCAUACUCUUCGCGUGCUUAAUUUGUUGGGCUUCUAAAUUGGUAGGUGGAAAAAAUAAUACAUUAAAUUUGUUGGCCUUCUAAAUAAAUAAUAUAUUAAAGCAAGGUUUAAUUAAUUUAAAUAUUAUUUUCAAUUUUCUAUAAUAUAAGAAAUAAGGAAUUUGUAUCAUAGAAAAAAGAGGAAGACAUGGGUUUCUGAGAAUUCACCGUUUAUAAUUAAUUUAAAAACCGGGGCACUGUGCUACGUCUUGAUGAUUAUUAUCUUCAGGGCUGAUCUUCUGGGUUCUUAGUUUGUGAAUUGCAUUAUGAGAAAGCCAGGUGCUUUGACCUAUGGAGGGAGGUCUCACUGGUUCUGAUUUCUUUAUUGCAGCCCCUGCUCACCGUCGAUGUCUGGGAGGUAACCUUCAUCACUCCAUCCUGUCUCUCUCUCUGUCGAUGUGUUUUUCCUGCCUUGUACAGGUUCUCAUCUGAUUCUGCCGUUGUUUGAUCUCCUCGGGGGUCGGGUACAUUCAUUCUACAGCACGCUUACUACUUGGACUACCAGGUGAGCGGAGCCUUCUGGCAGAGCUCGUCUGUGGAUUCCGCGGAUUCUUGCUCUGAUGAUGCCGGUGUGUGUCGUGCAGAAUAGGAGGCCGGACUUCGUGUCCACCUUCAUCGAGAACCUCCUCUCCUGGGACGCCGUCAGCGAGAGGCUGGAGGAGGCCAUCGCGAAAGCAGCCUAG